AUGUCGAAUGUCCAGAAGAAAUCAAAUAAAAGGAAUUUCCCGCUUAGUAAAUGCCAGACGCCGUUUUUGUGGCGCCCCGAUCCAUCGAAACACCCAGAGGUAUACUUGAUGGAUGUUGCAACAUUCGGCUCCACCUGCUCACCGGCAUCCGCUCAAUAUGUCAAGAAUUUGAACGCAAGGAAUCACUCACAAAAAUAUCCUCGCGCCGCGCAAGGUAUCAUCGACUGUCAUUACGUCGAUGACUAUUUAGACAGCUUUGGGAGUUCGGCGGAAGCACAGCAAGUUGCAAAAGAAGUGCGUUUAGUACACAGUAAAGGGGGAUUUUCUCUGCGUGGCUGGCGUUCUAACAGUCGUCGUGUGCUCAAGGAACUGGGAGAAUCCGAUAUCGUAACAUGCAAAAGCCUGGCCCUGGGAAGUGACGAUCGUACCGAACGAGUUUUAGGGAUGCUCUGGACCCCGCAUACAGACGAACUCAGUUUUUCGACACAGAUAAGCACUGAAGUACAAACGUUACUCCUCAGAAAGAAUCGGCCAACGAAGCGGCAAAUACUGCGCUGCGUUAUGACCCUGUUCGAUCCACUAGGACUGCUGUCACCGUUCGUAGUACAUGGGAAAAUACUUAUACAAAACCUUUGGCGGACAGGAGCGGAGUGGGAUAAGGAGGUUGAUGAUAAUUCGUUCGACCUUUGGCAGAAGUGGAUCAAGAUGAUAGAUUUCAAUGGUACUGUUCGUAUUCCGAGGUGCUAUUUCACUCGAGCUACUGCUGAGACUUACAAUGCUGCGCAAAUGCACGUCUUUGUUGACGCCAGCGAGAAAGCUUAUGCGUGUGCUGUGUACAUCCGCACCAUGAAUAACAGUGCCAAAGGUCAGUGCGCUUUGCUGGCAGGUAAAGCUAGAGUAGCGCCAGUCAAACCUAUGUCAGUGCCCAGGUUGGAGCUCAAAGGAUGUGUGAUUGGGGCGAGGCUCGCAAAGCACGUUCAGGAACAUCACCGUAUUCGGAUCGACAGGCGCUUCUAUUGGACAGAUUCGACCACAGCGUUGUCGUGGAUCCGAGCUGACCCACGCAACUAUCGACCAUACGUUGCCCACCGAAUUGGGGAAAUUCUGGAGGUGUCCAGCGUAGCCGAAUGGAGAUGGGUUCCAUCAAAACUUAACCCAGCAGAUGAGGCCACCAAAUGGGGUAAAGGACCGUAUUUUAGCGAUGAGAGCAAAUGGUUUGCUGGGCCAACUUUCCUGCAGCUGCCCGAAGAAGAGUGGCCACAUCCAGUAGAGGCAACUGUAGCUACAACUGAAGAAGUCCGAAUGACAGUUUUACUUCAUACGACUAAAAAAUUUACGGUUUUCUGUGAGCGGUUCAGCCAUUGGGAGAGUUUACUUGGAGUAAUGCGAUGCGUGCUUCGCUUUAUCAACAACAUUCGGCGUGGACGUACAAGGUUUGCUAAACAACUGAAGCAAAACGAACUGCGAGCUGCCAGAGAUGCAGUCUUCAACCAAGUACAAUACGAAAUAUAUACCGAAGAGAUGAUGGUUCUGGCCAAAAUCGACACACUGCCUUCAAACCACCCAGGAACGAUCAAUAAGGACAGUAGCCUGUACCAAUUUAUGCCGGUUAUAGAUGAUAACGGGGUGAUUCGACAAGGUAGUCGCGCAAGGAAGGCAGAGCAUUUACCUUUCGACACAAGAUACCCCAUAUUGCUCCCAAGAGACCAUCCCGCUACGAGACUGCUCAUUGAUUAUUACCAUCGUAUCUACCGUCAUGCCAAUCCUGAAACGGUGGUCAAUGAAAUGCGACAGCUAUAUAUGAUCCCAAGACUUCGGACGAUGGUGAAAUUGGUAUCACGAACGUGUCAAUUCUGCAAACUACGCAGAGCUAAGCCUCAAAUACCACCAAUGGCACCGCUGCCAUCGGCACGUCUGGCGCACCAUGUCCGCCCCUUCAGUUACGUGGGGAUUGAUUAUUUUGGCCCAGUACUGGUAAAAGUGGGUAGAUCGAACGUAAAACGGUGGAUUGCUCUGUUCACUUGUUUAACAGUUCGGGCAGUGCAUCUGGAAAUAGCAUAUAGCUUAUCAACAGCUUCUUGCGUUUCGUGCGUUAGAAGAUUUGUCAGCCGCAGAGAGUGUCCGGUGGAAUUCUACAGUGACAACGGGACAAACUUCCAGGGUGCAGAUCGGAUUCUUCGCGAGCAAAUUAACCAAGGACUUUCGGCGACCUUUACUAACGCAGAAACUAAAUGUAACUUUAAUCCACCUGAAGCUCCACACAUGGGAGGAGCGUGGGAGCGUUUAGUUCGAUCCGUUAAAGCCGCGAUGGGGGAAGCGUAUUCGGACGGGAAGUUGGACGAUGAAGGGUUGCAAACUUUGGUCGUGGAGGCGGAGAGCUUGGUAAACUCGAGGCCUCUGACGUAUCUACCACUAGACUCUGAAGAGUCCGAAGCGCUCACUCCGAACCAUUUUUUGCUUGGUAGCUCGGGAGGAGUGAAGCAACCCGUGUCAGUUAUCGAUUCUGCCAAACCGCAAUUUUUGAAAGCUUCGUGGGAGCAGAUCCAGAAGCAGCUCACCGUCUUUUGGAAGCGCUGGCUGGACGAAUAUUUGCCGGUUAUUCGCAGACAGCCAAAAUGGUUUGACGAGAGUUGGCCAUUGAGAGAAGGGGAUUUGGUUUUGAUCGUGGAUGAAAGAAAGCGCAGUUGGUGGACACGAGGCCGAAUUGUCGAGGUGAUGCCAGAUGGAGAAGGGAGGGUCCGUCAAGCGCUUGUGCAAACAACGAGCGGUUUGAUACGACGUCCGACGACGAAAUUAGCACUUUUAGACGUAGGAGAAGGUGCAGUCUUGGCCAACAGCAAGAUGCACCGGGUGGAGGAUGUCGGAGACAAAACAGCCUGA